CGCGAUGGUCGAAAUUUUCAAUGACAUUUUGCAACAUGGUCGGUUCUAUGGCAUUUAUCUCGGCAACGAUGUUGUUUUUGAGUUCUUGGAGGGUGGCUGGUUUGUUGACGUAGACUUUGCUUUUCAAAUAUCCCCAUUUCCUCUGCGCGAAAUCACGCGAUCACCGAAGAAGGACUGCAAUCGAUGGAUAUUGACGUCGGUUGUGUGGCAUGUUGCACCGUCUUGUUGGAAAUAAACAUCGACCAUAUCCAUUCGUUCAAGUUGGCGGCAAAAGAUAGUCCUCUAUCAUCACGUGAUAUCACUCAGAAUUGACGGUAACGGCGUCCCCGGCCGCAUUUUCGAAAAAGCAAGGUCCGAUGAUGCCUUUUGACCACAAUGCACACCACACAGUCACUUUUUGAG